AUGCCUAGGGGUCGAGCCAUCGGCAUUGAUUUGGGAACAACAUUUUCAUGUGUUGGUGUUUUCCAAGACGGCAGAGUGGAGAUCAUCGCCAACGACCAAGGUUUCCGCACAACGCCGAGUUAUGUGGCCUUCACGGACAAGGAGCGCCUCAUCGGUAAUGCCGCAAAAGACCAGGCCUUCUUCAACCUUACCAAUACUGUGUAUGACUCAAAGCGUCUUAUCGGGCGCAGUUUUGACGACAAAGAAGUGCAGGACGACAUAAAACGUUGGCCUUUCAAGGUUACAGGUGUGAAUGGGGUACCGAAGAUCGAGGUGGAACAUCUUGGUAAGCCACAGUCAUUCGUUGCAGAGCAGAUCUCGGCUAUGGUGCUAGAGAAGAUGAAGCAGACGGCAGAGGUGUAUUUGGGCGAAAAGGUGACAGACGCAGUCAUCACAGUGCCAGCCUACUUCAAUGUAAGCCAACGUCAGUCUACGAUCGAUGCAGGACAGCUGGCGGGUCUAAAUGUGCUGCGAAUUACCAACGAACCGACAGCAGCUGCCAUCGCCUACGGCUUGGAAAAGAGCAUCGAUGGGCAGUGCAACAUCCUCGUCUAUGAUUGGGGUGGCGGCACCUUCGAUGUCUCCAUAUUAUCCAUGGGGAAUGGGAAAUUUAAAGUGAAAGCGGUGAACGGUGACACGCAUCUGGGGGGUGAGGACUUGACCUCUCGAUUGGUCGAUCACUUUGCGCAGACCUUUAAGAAGAUGCAGGGAGGGAGUGACAUGACAACCGACAUGAGGGCCGUCAGUCGUCUGAGGAAGGAAUGUGAAUUAGCAAAACGAAUGCUGACUUCAGCUGAAAGCGCAACCGUGGAGGUUGAAUCGUUGUUUCAGGGCAUCGAUUUCAAAGCCACCAUCUCAAGGGUCAAAUUUGAGGAAUUGUGCUCCGAUCUCUUCAGUAGAACGCUUAACUUGGUAGAGCUGGCGCUAAAGGAUGCGAAUAUUGAAAAAGCUGAUGUGCAGAAGGUGUUGAUGGUGGGUGGAUCGUCUCGCAUUCCGAAGAUACAUCAGUUGUUGCAAAACUUCUUCGACAAAAGCAGUAUACUCAACGAGUCCAUCAAUGCGGACGAGGCAGUGGCGUACGGUGCGACGUUGCUGGCUGCCAAAUUGACUAAUGAGGGGACGAAGGAGGUGGAGGAUUUGAUGCUAUUGGAAGUGACACCACUGUCAUUGGGGGUGGAGACGGUGGGUGAUGUGAUGUCGACGGUGAUAGAGCGUAAUACGCCAAUUCCAACGAGGAAGACAGGUUUAUUUCAAACGGCUCAUGACAAUCAGACAUCCGCAUCAAUCUUGGUGUAUGAAGGUGAGCGUGUAAAGACGAAAGAAAACAAUUUGUUGGGUGAGUUCAAGCUAGUGGAUCUCCCAGUGGCACCUCGUGGUGAGACGAAGCUGAAUGUGGACUUUGAAAUCGAUGAGAACGGCGUUCUGCAUGUGAUGGCGGUGGAACCGUCGACACAAAAGCAGAACAGUAUCACUAUCACCAAUUACAGAGGUCGCUUAUCCGAGGAGGAGAUAGCACGAUUGUUAGAGGAAGCGGAGAAGUUCAAGCAGAUGGACGAGAAGGAGAGGAAAAGGAUGGCGGCCAUAAAUUCUUUAGUUGAUUAUAUCUACACUAUCAAAAGGAAAGUUGAGAGCGAGGAAGUAAAGAAGAGGACAUCGGAGGAGUAUCGGCAGAACAUAAUGACUAUGUGUGAGGAGGCGAUCAAGUGGUUGGACACCGAUUGCCAGGCCACAGAAGAGGACUGUCACCAAAAGCGCAAAAAUUUCGAGAACAUAGAAAAGCUCAUUACGGCAGCCAUGAACCUCGAUUCCUCAGUACCGAGUUCUGAAGAAUGA